UUGUUUUGAUUCCUUUUGUGUUGUCCGCCUUUCCCUUUUGAUUCCAUCUUUAUUUCGAUUUUCUCUCUGUGCUGUCUUUCUUUUCAGUGUUGCCAUAUUGUAUAAGUGCAUUAUAAGUGCAAUUUGCUCUCUCUGAUUACAAAAAUAGCAAAAAUAAAAAAGAAAUAUACAAAUAAAUGAGAAAAUUUACAUAAAAUUAUGUGAAAAAUUGUCACGUUCUUGUGAGUGUUCAUUUCAUGUUGACCAACAUUGUUGUGAUCGAAGAAACACGCGGCGACAAGUCUCUUUCUGACACAACAACAAAUUUCUCUUUGUGUGUGGCAAUUGUAAUUUGUGUAGAUUUAUUUGUUUUAAGCAAAUUUUUGCACCAAAUAACAAAAGUUAUUAAUUAAUUAAAAAUUAAAAUUUUGCAGUGAAAAUGUUGACAAUGAAAUAAUGUAAAUGUAAUAAUCCAAUUUGUAAAAAUCGUUUGCUUUCGGCGAAAGUCUGUUGUCUGGGUUCCAAUUAUUUUGUGUGCGUUGCGGAGGGUGUGUGUUCGUCGACCCAGUGUGAAUUGUUGUUGCACGAAUACCUUAAUUUUGCAAAAAUUUUAAAAACAACAACAACAAAAAGCAUAUGUGUAAAAAAUUAAAUAUCCACUGAAUCCGUGGUCUUAUUUAUUAUUGAAUUUUUUGCAAUUCUCUAGUUCCGUCAUAAUUACAUUGUUCACUUUUGCAUGCCGGCCCCGGCCAAUUGAUCAAAACCAUUGACCCACAUCAUCAUUAUUGUAAGGUUACGUUACAUUUUCAAAAUGGCUUUGGCCGUUUCCCUGCGUCGAGCUCUGCUAAUGCUCCUCACCGCAACAAUAUUCGUUUUAAUGGUCCUGUAUUGGAAUCAGGGCGGCAUCAAACCACAAUCCUAUAUCAACACAUAUGAGAAAUCCGUGGGCAGCAGAGAGGCGUUGAGCGAAUUUCCAAUACCGGUGGAGAAAAUUUGGACCUAUAAAUGUGAGGGUGACAAAUGUGUUCGCUAUCAUUACUUAACCUUGGCCAAGGGCGAGAAACGAGUGCCUUUUAUGACCUGUUCCAUGACCUGUGGUGACAUCAACAUUUGGCCGCAUCCCACCAUCAAAUCCGGUGUUAGUUCCAAGUCACUGACAUUUUCCAUGGAAGAUAUCGAGCUGCGUCUGGACACACCCUAUCCGCAGGUGGAAACACAAUUCCGUCAAUCAUUCGAAUUGUUUCUCAAAGAUCUGAGGCGAAUACAAAGACUGGAUUUUAGAGAUUCGUCGGGAAAUGAAGGUGGUGAUGGUGGCGGUGUUGCUGGCGGCGCAGAGGCAAAUGCAGCACCAGUCGCAUCUUUAGUCAAUGCUGAUGCCAGUGGCAAGGUAGAGGAUGACGUCGGAGAUCACAAAAAACGACAUAAAAGACGCUAUGCCGAUGCCGGACAAUCGGAGUCGCAUCGACUGCGUGGGGAAAAUCUUGGAGCUGCCUCCAUCUUGGCCAAUGCCUUUGGCGGGGUGGGCUCAAGGAAGCGCUGUGAUAUUGAAACAUUUACGAUAAACGUUAGCGUGCAUAAAUUUUCCGAUUUGCAUUUAAAUUUUGAAACGGACGAAAGUUAUCGGCUGACCGGGGGAUUUGAAAAUGGCCAUUACAAAGUACAAAUUGCAGCCAAUUCAUUUUUUGGAGCACGCCAUGGUCUCUCUACCCUGGAACAAUUGAUUUGGUACGACGAUGAGGACAAUGUCCUGCGAACCCUGUCGAAGGCGAUUAUCAUCGAUGCGCCCAAGUUCAGAUACCGUGGCCUUAUGCUUGACACCUCACGUCACUUCUUUUCGGUGGAGGCCAUAAAACGAACCAUUGCCGGCAUGUCCCAUGCCAAAUUGAAUCGCUUCCACUGGCACAUUACCGAUUCGCAGAGUUUCCCCUAUGUCUCGAAACACUAUCCGGAAUUGGCGGCACAUGGUGCCUAUUCGGAGCGAGAAACCUACACCGAUGAAGAUGUACGAGAUGUUGUGGCCUAUGCCAAAUUGCAUGGUAUCCAAGUGGUGCCGGAAAUAGAUGCCCCCGCCCAUGCCGGCAAUGGCUGGGAUUGGGGUCCGAAACGGGGCAUGGGUGAGCUGAGUCUGUGCAUCAAUCAACAGCCUUGGAGUUUUUAUUGUGGUGAACCUCCGUGUGGUCAAUUGAAUCCGAAAAACAAUCACACCUAUCUCAUACUGCAAAGGCUGUACGAGGAGUUAUUAAAUUCCACAGGUCCCACAGAUUAUUUCCAUUUGGGUGGUGAUGAGGUGAAUUUGGAGUGCUGGGCCCAGUAUUUCAAUGACACCGAUUUGAGGGGUCUAUGGUGUGAUUUCAUGAUGAAUGCCAUGGCGAGGUUAAAAAUUGCCAACAACAAUGUGGAACCGAAAUAUGUCACCGUAUGGUCCAGUGGCCUCACCAACACCCGUUGUCUUCCAAAAUCCCAAUUUGCCGUCCAGGUCUGGGGUGGCAGUACGUGGCAGGAGAACUACGACUUACUGGACAAUGGUUUCAAUGUGAUAUUCUCACAUGUGGAUGCCUGGUAUUUGGAUUGCGGUUUUGGCAAUUGGCGGGCCACAGGUGAUGCCGCCUGCUCACCCUACAGAACGUGGCAAAAUGUCUACAAACAUCGUCCGUGGGAACGCAUGCGUUUAGAUAAGACCCGAAGAAAACAGGUCUUGGGUGGCGAAGUUUGUCUUUGGACCGAACAAGUGGACGAAGAGCAAUUGGACAAUCGGUUAUGGCCCCGAGCAUCGGCAUUGGGCGAAAGGUUAUGGUCCGAUCCAGAUGAUGUAUCCGACAUGGAUACAGUGCCGCAAGAAGUUUUCAAACGUAUGUCAGUAUUUCGUACACGUCUGGUCGAAUUGGGUCUCAAGGCCGAACCCAUCUUUCCCAAAUACUGUGCUCAAAAUCCUGGCGAAUGUAUUUGAUAUUUUCUUUAAAUAUCGAGAACAACCAGAACACCAAGUGACACCCUCAUUAACUAUAUAAAAGAGUCAUAAAACAACUGUUAUGUUUCAAUGAAUGAAAAAAAAAAAAAAAACAGAAUAACAAAACAUACAAGGUUAAAGAAAUUUUAAUUUCCAAAAAAAAAAAAAAAACUGGAAAUUAUGCAAAGAGAAAAAUUAAGAUUAUAUUAAAGAAAUUCAUUUAAAUGUUUAUAUUCUUUACUUUGUGACAAUGACUUUCUAUAUAAGACAAGAGAAAAAACCGCAAAAAUUAAACAUACCGAUGACAUACGUACAUAUUUAAGAAACGUUAAAACAUCUAAAGCCAAAAUAACAGCAGAAAAUUAAAAAAACUAAAACAAAUAUUAAGGAAAUUAACUAAGGAUGAUAGUCUAUAAGGAAUGGUUUCUUAAUCAAAAUUUAAACAUUCAUUGUUGAUUAAAUUUUGAAAUAGAUAACACAGUGCUAUGAAUCGGAAAAAAGAGAAACACUGGGUAAGACCCCUGCUUUUUCUUUCUCCAUCAGUCGAAGCCGAACCUGCAUUUUCUAGCACUGUGUAAUUGAGAUUUAACUCGAAUUUUUUUUUUGUCUACUAUUAAUUGUAAAGUAAUUUUAGAUUUAGAAUCUAAGAGAAAGUUAAACUUCUUGUUUUGUUUCCCUUUGUUAGUGAAAUUUAUAUUUAAAUAUUAUUUUUUAAUUUGUAAUUUUUUAACAUUUUUUCCAUUCGUUCAUUUUUUUUUUCGCUUUGCUCUAAAUGUGAAUCAUACACGUGCACGCACACAUACAUACACUCAUGUAAUUGAAUAGAAAAAAGAAGAAGAAAGAGUUCUAAAAAACCAAAACAGUCAGCAUCAUAAGAACAAUAGCCACAAUGCAUAUACCUACAUACAUACAUAAUACGUAUACAUAAAUAGAACAAUUUGUAUUUAUUUUCGAAUAUUACUACAUACAAAGAUACUACAUAUAAUUAUGUAAAAUUGUAUUUUUUUUUUUUUUUUUUUUGUAAAUUAAGACCAAUAUGUAUUUAGAAAAAAAAAAAACAAAGAAGAAGGGAAAUAUUCCCCAAAUGUCAAUCAUAUGCCCUGGAAGAAGUUUGUCCAUCUAUUUUUCCGAUUGUGAGAUUUGUAUACAUAAAGAGGCCAGAAGUAUAUAAUCUUAGAUGCGCCAUCUUAAGCAAGACUAAGAAAAGUGGUCAUAAGGAAAGCCAAAGGGGUACAAAUUAAUUUAAAAUGAACCAAAGUUGUAUCUGUUCUAAUAGAGGAUCGCUUUAUUUUUCUUUAUUUAUUUUAUUUUCUCAAAAAAAAAAAAAAAAGUAAUCACCCCUAUUACAGAAUAAAUGGGAGAGAAUGCGAAUUCCCAUUCACAAAACAAAAUUUCGUGAGAAUUCCCAUUUACAUUGAUUUGCUAUUACCAAAUUAUGGGUAUAAUUGAAAUCAGCUGAUUUUUUCGAACAUUAAAUUAUAUUUGUUGAUAACUGUGAAAUUGUUUUCGCAUGUCAUUUUUGACCAUAUAAUCAUUCUUUCCUGAGCUAUCACCUCAUCAUCCAUAAGGUCCCCAGCUGAUUGUUCAUCAGCUUUAGAAGCAAACAUCUUUCUUGAUGUAUUGUAUUAAAGGAAGUUGAAGGAAUAGGUGUGUCCUCUGCCAAAUAAAUUCCACUCACUACUGCUGUGACUGUUCUCCUUACUUGUAUCAGGACCUCCAAGCACAAAGGAGUACCCCUUCCACAGUCUCUUUUAUAUUUACCAGUGCCUUCGCGGUAGCGAUCAAUAUCUGAUGCCCUCUUCUUCGUGUAUCGCCACUGAUCCAUCCACACCUUUGAAAAUGCAUCAAUUUAAAUUAUUUGCUUAAAAAGUGCAUAAGUAAAUACCUUUUUCUUGUUUGGCGGUCCUGUACUAUUAGCUGCCGUUACUGCUUUUUCCCAAAACAACACACUCUCCUCUUUGCUUAUUUUAACAUUUUGCUAACAAAAACUUAACUGUUUCACAACUAUUCAUAAUACGGGAAAUCACAUGGGUAAAAAAAAACACAUAAUAACCAGAAUAGAAGAGGUCCACAUUCAAAUUCCUUCUUACAGAAAAGGACAAUCUUGGGAAUAAUAUGUAUAGAUGCCGAAAGCAAGACUAAGUGAAGUCUUCACAAAAAAAGCCAAAGUAGCGUUUUAAAGCAAAAAAUUAAGCAAAGCUGUACCUUUUCUAAAAUCAGACAGCUUUACUUUCCCCGACUGAUUUUAUUUUCUCCAAAAAAAAAAAAUAAUAAUAAUAAUAAUAAUUUCGUAUCGUACCAUAAAGCUCUCUUGGUUCUCCCAUUGAAAAAUAAAUAUUGUGGUUACCAAAGUAGACGUUUUUUUCAAAAGAAUACCAGAAUGGUACCAGAAUUCAAAUUCCUUCUUUCACAAGAAGACAAUCUGGGAAAUAAGGUUAAUUCAUUCAUUUGUAUAUAUAUAGAGGCCAAAAGCAAGACUAAUUGAGGUCUUCAUAAGGAAAGUCAAAAUGACGUUUCAAAGCAAAAAAAUUAAUCAAAGUUGUAUCUGCUUUGCUUUCCUGACUCAUUUUAAUUUCUCAAAAAAAGUAAUUUCGUCCCUCUCCAAAAAAGCCCUUUUUGUUCUCACAUGAAAAGAAUUCUGUGGACAUCGAAGUAGAUUUUUUUAAAAGAAUUUAAAUUUCUUCCUUCACAAAAUGACAAACUUAAAAAUCCACGUUUGGAGGUCUUCAUGCGGCCUCAAAAGAUUCUUUUAAAAAUCCACUUUUGGAGGUCUUCAUGUAGCUUUAAAAGAUUAUUUUAAAAAUUCACGUUUGGAGGUCUUCAUGUAGCUUUAAAAGAUUUUUUUAAAAUCCCACGUUUGGAGGUCUUCAUGUAGCCUCAAAAGAUUCUUUUAAAAAUUCACGUUUGGAGGUCUUCAUGUAGCUUUAAAAGAUUCUUUUAAAAAUCCACGUUUGGAGGUCUUCAUGUAGCUUUAAAAGAUUCUUUUAAAAAUCCACGUUUGGAGGUCUUCAUGUAGCCUCCAAAGCUACAUCAUGUAGCUUUAAAGAUUCUUUUAAAAAUACACGUUUGAAGGUCUUCAUGUAGCUUCCAAAGAUUCUUUUAAAAAUUCCCGUUUUUAUGGCUUUAUGUAGCCUUCAAAGAUUCUUUUAAAAAUUCAUGUUUUCAUUCACUUUUGAAGGUCUCAAAAUUUUUUUCUAAAAAUCCCCGUUUGAAGGCCUCAAAAAUUUAGAACAAUAAAAAAUACACGUUUGAAGGCCUCUUAAAUUUCUUUAAAAACCCAAGUUUGAAGGCCUCUAAAUUUUUUUUUUAAAAUCCAUUAAAAAUUAGUCAAAAAAUCCACGGUUGAAGGCGAUUAAAAAUUCGUCAAAAAAUCCACGUUUGAAGGCCCAUAAAAUUUCUUAAAAAACGUUUUAAGGUCUCUAAAAUUUACUUAAAAAUUUCUUUAAAAAAUCGACGUUCGAAGGAGUCGCUAAAAUUUCUUUAAUAAAAUCACGUUUUAAGGCCUCUAAAAGUUAUUUAAAAAAUAUAUAUAUUUAAAAAAUCCACUUUUGAAGGCCUCAAAAAAUUCUCCUAAAAAUCCGCGUUUGAAGGCCUCAAAAAAUUCUUCUAAAAAUCCACGUUUGAAGGCCUCUAAAAUGUCAUUAAAAAUCUACGUAUAAAGGCCUCUAAAAUUUCUUUAAAAAAUCCACGUUUGAAGACCCCUAAAAAUUCUAUAAAAAAUCCAUGUUUGAAGAAGUCGUUAAAAAUUCUUCCAAAAAUCCCCUAUUGAAGGCCUCUAAAAAUU